UAUACAUCACAUGAUAACGUGGGCAGUCUGUAUUUAUCAUCCUUGUCAUUCUAUCAGUCUGCCACAUGAGGGCGCUUCGUCGCUUUCUCUCAUAAAUCUGCCCCCACAUUGAACAAUUGCAUCGCGGAGAGAAUCUGAAGACGAGGCGUUUCCAGUCGCUGUCUGGCUUACUGAACCUUCCUGACGGUCUUCUGCUGUCCGCUCCCGUUGUUUGGAGCACGAUCGAUAAAACGCCACGCAAACGUCCAGUUUCUCGAAGCAAAACAUGAUGGAAAUAGAUGGAAUUCCUGAAACGAAGAUAAAGAGAUAACGAACGAGAGGAACAUGACGGUAAAUGGACAUUUUAAUUCUCCGGAAUCACGAAACGGAUGUUUCCCUUUCCACUGUGGGUUAUCUUCAAGCAGACGCGCGCUCGCGUGAUGUCCCAUGUAACUACGAGAUAUUUUUUUUUACAAAUCUUCAAAGUGCAUUCAAAGGAACAAAGGACAGCAAAAGUUGUGAAUAGUACAGCACACGUAGACUUUUAAGUAAUCAAAUGAGUCUGUCAGUGGGUUCCAUUUGAUGCUUUCCGGUAAAGAAGAAAUGAAUAUAAUGCCCGAUCUUCAGUAUUGAGUUAUACUGUGGUUUAUACACUGCUUGUCAUUUGGUUGACAUUUUUAAAUGUUUUAGGCUUUUUUGAAAGAAAUGUGAAGCUGUUUUUUCCAGACUAACGUAAAGUCUAGUCGCAAAUAACUGAGAAUAAACCACAAAAUAUUGCCUUUGAAGAGGAGAUAGCAAGUUAACAUGGCAGUUAAAGGCCGAAUGAGAAUUCUCGACAUUGGACUGUUUGUCAUGAUGGUUUUUCUCGGUCCUGUGACAGCUGCCCAGAGCGAGCAGAGGGAGUGCGCUUACAUGAAAGAUGGUGGAGAGGGGCGUAUCUUUCCUGAGAACUCCACGAUUCGCUGCAAUCACGGAGAAUACUGCUUCGGAUUCUGGAAUGAAAUAGACAAUGAGAGCCGAAUAGAAAAACAAGGUUGCUGGAAAAACGUUAAUAGCCAAGAGUGCACUGACCGCUGCGUAGUGACCAGUCCUCCAUUACAUUUCCAAAAUGGAACCACUCGCUUCUGCUGUUGCAACAAGGACAUGUGCAACACCAACUUUACUGAAAACUUUCCACCACCUUCCUCCACCUCCACCACACAACCUCUCUAUUCUCGUCGGCUUUAUGGAGAAGGAGCCGUAGUUGUCCCCUUAGCAAUCGUCUUCACAAUCGCCAUCCUUAUUGUUCUGCUUUUCUUCUCCUACCGGAUCGUAAGAAGGCGCGCUAAACAUACAUUGCACAGUUUGGAUGUGCUGGAGUCUGUGGUUUCCCCUCCUUCUCUAAAUCUGGACAACCUCAAAAUGCUGGAGCUGAUUGGCCGAGGCCGAUACGGCGCAGUGUAUCGCGGUUCGCUGGACGAACGAUCUGUCGCAGUGAAAGUUUUCAUCGCAGCUAACCGCCAUCAGUUCACCAACGAGCGGAUGAUUUAUCGCCUCCUCCUAAAGCACGAGAACAUUGCACACUUCAUAGAGAGCGAAGAACGCAUCAGCACAGAAGGCAGGGCAGAGUUUCUCCUCCUGCUUGAGUUUUACCCUCACGGCUCUCUGUGCACGUAUCUGAAUGGGAGUACCGUGGACUGGCUGAGCUGCUGUCGUUUGGCGCUUUCCGUCACCCGAGGCCUUGUGUACCUGCACACGGAGAUAAGAAGAGAAGGCGUGUAUAAACCUGCUAUAUCCCACCGGGAUCUAAACAGCAGGAAUGUGCUAGUAAAGGCAGAUGCUUCAUGUGUGAUCAGCGAUUUUGGACUUUCCAUGAUUCUGACGGGAGAGAGACCACCCGGGCAUGGAGAAGAGGACAGCAGAUCCAUCAGUGAGGUGGGUACAGUGCGGUACAUGGCCCCGGAGGUGCUGGAGGGGGCUGUGAAUCUGCGAGAUUGCGAGUCUGCGCUAAAACAGGUGGACGUUUACGCACUGGGUCUGCUUUACUGGGAGACUUUCAUGCGUUGCGCCGACCUCUUCCCAGGCGAGACCGUGCCGGCGUUUCAGUUUGCAUUUCAGACAGAAGUGGGCAAUCAUCCGACCUUAGAGGACAUGCAGGUAUUUGUGUCCAGAGGAAAAGAACGCCCCAAAUUCCCAGAAGCCUGGAAAGAGACUAGCAUGACGGUCCAUUCUCUGAAAGAGACAAUGGAGGACUGCUGGGAUCAGGACGCUGAAGCCCGACUUACAGCUCAGUGCGCAGAGCAGAGACUCGCUGAAUUGCUAUCUGUCUGGGAACGAGAGAAAUCAGUCAGCCCUGCACUGCACCCCAUCACUGCACUGCAUAACCAAAGAAACGACUCUACUGGAUGUCAGACACCGAGGUCAGGUCCUGACGUUGAAUAUUCAUCUGCAGUCACUGAAGACCUUGACACCUCUGCGGACCCACCCCCAGUGGGACGGUCUAAUCCUGCAGAGAAAAACUGCAUCAACUAUGAGUGGCAGCAGGCCCAUUCUUUGCAAUCUGGCACAGAGAGCUCCUCCCCAGCCUCUGUUUCAGAGUCCCACACUGCUAAUCAGCCUCCACCAGGGGGCAAUAUCGGCCUUCUCUGUGUUCAUCUGACCCAGGAAGACCUGGAGACACCAAAGCUGGACCCAAGCGAAGUCCAGAAGAACAUGCGGGAAAGCUCUGAUGAGAGCUUAAUGGAACAUUCACAGAAACAGUUCUGCUCUCCUGAAACGGUGACCUCACGCAGCCCAUUCUACCACCUGAUCACCACGGCUGCCGAAGCUUCAGGGUCGCAGGGUUCGGGUCGCAAUGCUGACAGCCCUGUAACUAUCUUACCCAAGCAACAAAAUGUCCCUAAGAGACCAAGCACCCUGAGGCUCAAUGCUAAGCAUUCUGGGAAGACAUCCACCUCCUCUUCUUCUUCGCUGCGGAUGAAGUUUGGAAAACUCGGCAAGUCCAAUCUGAAAAAGGGUGAGAUGGGCGUGGCCAAAGCCAGCGUGGUAAAUGCAGCCCAGCCAAUUCCCGUCACCAGCAAUGAUGCAACGGCGAACAAAUACGUGAACGGAGCGGCACCUGAGACAGCGGUGGCGGCCAACAGCACAGAAGACUUGACCUUUGGUCUCUUGACCACUAGCCCAGAUGAGCAGGAGCCUCUUCUUAGAAGAGAGUCGUGUCCUGACAACGCAAAUAACAAUAACAGCAAUAACAACAAUGGAGAGGGGGAUGGAGAUGCUGAGGGUGGAGAGGAAGGAGGAGAGAACGAUGAGAAUAGUGGUUCGACAGGAGAAGCUCAGUCGGCUUCUAACAUGGAGCCGGUUGCACCACCUGAUUCCUGUCCGGCACCAUCCAUCGCUCCCCCACAGGCCCAGUACCAAGCCCAGACACAAGGAGAGGCUCUGCUAAGACAGAACCGGGGGCGUAGACCCGAAAGGCCCAACUCGCUGGAUCUGUCCAUCACCACGCUGCCUUUAUUAGGAGGCAAAUCUGAUGGAGACGCGACUGAGGGAUCGGGAGAUAAAAUAAAGAGGCGAGUGAAGACGCCUUACGCUCUAAAGAAGUGGCGUCCCGCCAGCUGGGUUAUCACCAGCGAAACGCUGGACGGCGAAGUCAACAACAACAGUCGUCACGGAGGUCAGAAUCAGGCCGGUACCAGCAGACCUAAAUCAGCCUCGGCUCUAUAUGCAGGCGGACGGCGAGGAUCUCAAUUUUCCACAGAUCGCAAUGAUUGUGACUUUUAAACUUUGCAACGAAGCAGGCUACAAAUCCUGUCGAGUCAAAUUCACCAUUUUCAAAGGCAAAAGAUUGUCUUAAAUUUGUCCUCAAUAAUAAGCACAGUAAAAGUCUUUGUGGCUUUACAGUGAAAAGAGCUAUGCAGCCAUCGUUUAACGGUCAUGUGCAUUUUUAUUGUUUUGUGUUGGCAUUUUUUCUCCUAGAAAAUUAUAAAUCAGAUCUUAGAUCAGUCUUUAGACCAUUUAUGAGAAUGGUCACUAAUAUUAAAUGAGUGUAAAUGCCUACCUAAUCAUCACAUUCCCAGUAAACCUGGAAAAAUCAGGGAAUUGUAUAUCGUAGUUGUGAUUUCCAGGCCUAGAAAAUAUGUUAAGCUCUAAAUUAUUAUUGGCUACUAGAAACUAUUCCCUCUUAUUAAGUACAAUCUCUAUAAAUUAAUUUAAAAGUCAUUUUGCAUAUAACAGAAAUGACUGGCAAACUCAACCAACCUCAAUUUCGAAAUGAGGAGCUAUGGUAGCUGACACAGGAAAAACCAUAAACUGUAAAAAAUAUGGACGUCACCCAUAGGUUUGUGAAGUGCAUUUUUUAAGCCAAUUAGCUGGCGGAGCCUGCCGUUGCUAUCUUGGCCGUGCAUCACUCGCGGAUAACCGAAAAUGGGUAAAGAUGCGGGAGAUGGGUGAAGCUGAGAUAACUGGUUGCUGAAACCACGCUCACCUAUCUUGAAGAUAGUGACGGCAGUGGCAAUUCACCUGUCACUCAAAUGGCCACUCCCUUAUUACUCCUCUUUAAGGAUUAAUAUAAUUUCACAAAUUCACCCCCUCACCAUUGUCCUGAAGGGCAAAAUAGCUAUAUAGACCAUAAUCAGUUUUUGUACCAGGCUGUAAAAAAUUUUUUCUGCUGUGAAUGCUGUAAACAUUUUUUUCUGCUGUGAAUUUGGGCAUUUUAACAUGGAUGUCUAUGGGAAUUGACACUCUUUUGGUUCCAGCCUCUAGUGGAACGUCGGUGAAUUGCAGUUUAAGUAAUUUCCGUAUUGGCUUCAUCAGACAGAUUGAAAAAUUGCCCCACUGGAAAAAAAUGUCGUCGUCUUAUGCUACGUACACACCAAACACUGGGCAUCGCGUUACUCACUCUAGAUUACUCGCGGGAUUUAACUUCAUUGUCAUGCGAAUUUUCCGCUCGAGUUGAAUAUUUUCAACUUGGGAGAAGACGCGUUUGAGGGGAAUUGUGCAUGUUUUCGUGGCAAAUUCGCCACCCAUAUCGCAUCAUUCGCAUCGCCGCAUGCGAAAAUUGGAAAAAUUGCCCCUCUGGAAAAAACAUGUCGUCGUCUUAUGCUAUGUACACACCAAACACGCGGCAUCGCGUUACUCGCUCUAGAUUACUCGCGGGAUUUAACUUCGUGUCAUUUUCUGCUCGAGUUGAAUAUUUUCAUUCGCGCCCAUAUCGCGUCAUUUGCAUCGCCGCAUGCGAACAUUGGAAAAUUGCCCCUCUGGAAAAACAUGUCGUCGUCUUAUGCUACGUACACACUAAACGUGCGGCAUCGCGUUACUCGCUCUAGAUUUCUCGCGGGAUUUAACUUCGUGUCAUGCGAAUUUUUCGCUCAAGUUGAAUAUUUUCAUUUGCGCCCAUAUCGCGUCAUUCGCAUCGCCCCACGCGAAAAUGUAAAAAUUGUCCCUCUGGAAAAAAAUUUUGUCGUCUUAUGCUACGUACACACCAAACGCUGGGCAUCGCGUUACCCACUCUAGAUUACUCGCGGUAUUUAACUUCAUUGUCAUGCGAAUUUCCGCUCAAGUUGAAUAUUUUCAACUUGGGCGAAGACGCGUUUGAGGGGAAUUGUGCAUGUUUUCGUGGCAAAUUCGCCACCCAUAUCGCAUCAUUCGCAUCGCCGCAUGCGAAAAUUGGAAAAUUGCCCCACUGGAAAAAACAUGGAAAAAGUCGUCUUAUGCUAUGACACACCAAACACGCGGCAACGCGUUACUCGCUCUAGAUUACUCGCGGGAUUUAACUUCGUGUCAUGCAAAUUUUUCGCUUGAGUUUAAUAUUUUCAUUCGCCGCCCAUAUCGCGUCAUUUGCCUCCCCCCACGUGAAAAUUAGAAAAUUGCCCCUCUAAAAAAACAUGUCGUCGUCUUAUGCUACGUACACACCAAACGCGGGGAUUGCGUUACUCGCUCUAGAUUACUCACAGGAUUUUACUUCGUGAUUUUCAACUUGGGGAAGACAUGUUUGAGGCAAAUAGCACGUUUUCGCGGCAAACACGCCGCCCAUAUCGCGUUUGAUCGCGUCUUCGCAUUGACUUUGUAUAUAAUCUACUCGUGCAAAUCGUUGAACUCGCGUCUGGUGUGAACCCACAGUUAGACAACGUAGAGACAAAACGCGCUCCGGACAGUUUAUCCGUUUAGGGUUACUGUAGAAACACGAAGGCGACUUCCAACGGCUCAUUCUAAGGUAAUAAAAACACUACAGUUCAUUUUGUAAGGUCUUUAAUACACAGCUGAUAAUAUAGCUAUGGAUAUUAUAUUGCAUUUCUGUCAAGAGAUCCUUCUGAAAGUCCCACAUUGCACCUUUAAAUACAGUUUAAUCCAAGUACAAAGCUUUAUUCUUUUCCCAAUGCAAAAAAUCCCUGCCGAAUAUGUUUUUACCCUUUACUAAUAUCUUCCCAUGAACAACUGAAGUUUCUGUGUGUUUCUGUGGACACUGUAUUAAGUCAUUGUACUUGUACUGCUAUUGCGUGUGCAAACCCAGCAAUUCAACAUAAAGUAUUUCACGUGGAGGGGAACUGUGCUAGCACUAAAUAUCAGCAUCAGCACUCAAACCUGCUACAAGUAAAUAUUUACAAAUGUAUAUAGAGACUGCACAGCAACAUCUGAUAUGAACAAACACAGGGAUCACACUUAAUCACUUUCUAGACAAUUUACAAUUUUACUCAGAGACUUAAGACAACACUGCACUUGGUCUGGAACGUAGACUGUUCUGGAUCACACUACUAAAGGGAUAGUUCACCCAAAAAUGAAAAUUCUCUCAUCAUUUACUCAUUCUCAUGUUGUUACAAACCUGUAUACAUUUCUUUAUACACAAGGGAAGAUAUUUUGAGGAAUGUUUGCAACCAAACCAUUCAUGAGUACCAUUCACUUCCAUAGUAUUCUUUAUUCCUACUAUGGAAAUGAAUAGGGCUCAUGAUUGGCUCGUUUAAAAAAAAUUCCUUUUGUUCAUAAAAAGUUUCAACAACACGAAAGUGAAUGAAAAUGAUGACAGAAUUUUCAUUUUUGGGUGAACGAUCUCUUUAAGAUGUCUAAUGAUAUGCUUUGGACCUGCUUGUUAUUCACUUAUUUUUUUAUGUGUGAAUGAUGGCGCAUGAGUGCACCGGAUCAAUUAUCGCUGCUUGCGUUCCCUUGUCCUCUUAUCUUGUCUGUAGACGUGUGAAAGGUUUUCGUGCUGCAUGUUUGUAUGUAUUCCUGUGGGAUGUGCAUCAAGUGCAUCUUGUUUCAGUCAUUUGAUGAAAAAUAAGCUAUGGUGCUCCUGAUUUCAUAAUGACAUUAUGAGACAUCAGUCUGGAUUGCACAGACAGGGCCACAUAUAACAGCUGUGGUCUGAAAUGGAAAAUUCUUGUUUUAUUGAUCUGCUCUGGCAUGUCAGUCAUAAUUUAAAGGACACUGUUAUUGUAAUCAUGUAAACUGUGUCCCAUAUAUCCUCUUGCUGCUGCAUGUCUUAAAUUCGUCUUUUAGAGCACAAGGUAUUUUCACCUGGGACCGUGUGUGUGUGCGCGCAUUUGUAUGUAUGUGUGUAUGUGUGUGUGGUUCUCCUGUUAACACAAUCGUUGUAAUCGUGUUGUGGUCAAUCAUUUUAUUACUCCUUGCUGAGACAUUUUGAAAAUUGUGAUUUCUAAAACAAGGUGCAGAUUGUAAAAGUGUAUUGUUAUUUGCAAAUUUUAAUUAAAUUAUGCUUUGCAUUUG